AUGGUCGAUGAUGAGUUUCUGCACAUGGCCCAGCGCUUCACCGCGCACCUUCACCGAGCGGAAUACGAUCGCCUCAAAGCCCUCGCCAAGGCCCAAAACGCGGCUACCAUCAGCGAGAUUGAGCGUCCCGUCGUGGCAAGUGCGGUGCCGACAGCCAGGGCACGGCAGAGGAGUGAAGCAGCUCAGAAUGCUAUGAAGCGGCGCAAAACGCUGGAGGCUGAGGGCGUCGAUGAUGCUGGCGAGGGUGAUGGCCGCAAAGCAAAAGGGGAUGAACAGAGGUCGCCGUGGGCGGCAACGGGUCUGCGAGGAUUGAUGGAGGCGCCGAGACGGGAGGGAAGGACCAUUAUGCCUGCGGCGAGUACUUCAUCUUCUUCAUCUAGGACGAGAGCGGCCGCCGGGUAUUCAAGCAAGUCGUCGCCGCAGCAAGACCAUCGAAGCCGCGAGCCACCACCGUCAUUGCCACCAUUGGCGCCAUCAUCUAAGAAGAUCAAGCUUGACUUGCCCGCUAAUCCAAGGUCAACUACUACUACACAGAGUAAAAACACCUCUCAGCAUCCUCGUACCUCUAAUCCAAAUCCUCAAGAUAUAUCUUCCCGCGCCACAGAAGUUCCCAAAGGAGCUCCUCGUGAAGACCCGCCCCGAACCAAAUCCGACAGUCAGCAACCCAGUGUCUACAAUGUGGAUGACGAUUUGGACGAUGAUCCUUUUGGCUUGCACGAGCGUAGGAUGAGCAGGAAGAAAUCCCGAGAGCAGUUCAAACGACCAGGCCCAAAGAAUGAAGUCAAAGACGAAUCAAAAACGAUUGAUUUGAGCUCUAUCCCUUCGUUCUUAUAG